AUGAGUUCGAACGGAGAAACCCUGUCGGAGAAACCAAAAGGCGUUGAUGCUGACUCCUUUCCCGGACCGAUUAAGCCCACCGGUACAUCCUAUGUCUCUUCUGGCCUCUCGAACGGCGAUCCCCACUCGAAGAAAACCAAAAGCGAAGCGUCUGUCUCCUCCGGUCUGAUCAAACCCAGCGGCAAGACCGGUGUUUCUUCCGGCCUCUCGAUCGGCGUGCCUAAUUCGAAGAACCCCGACUGUACGAAGACCGGUGUCUCUUUAGGCGUUAGAGGCAAAGCCGCUGUCUCCUCUCGCGCCAAGGGAAAAGCCAUUGUCUCCGCCAAAGCUGUGGAAGUGAUGUCUUUCAAGGAUGUGAAAUUCGGAGCUCAUGGAUGCGAGUUGAGAUUUCGGUUGAUCCAUUUAUGGGAAGCUCGAAAUGUUGUGACGAAGACGCUUAUCGGUCUCGAGAUGUUUCUCAUUGACCAAGAGGAAACUGUUAUCCAGGGCUUCAUUCCAGCUGGGAGGAUAGAUACUUAUCUGCCACACAUGAAAGUUGGUGGCAUUUACAGGCUUAACAGUUUUUACGGGUCUAAUAACAAGACUCUGUAUCGGGUGGCUGAACCAAGUGUCACCAUCACCUUCUCAUCGUAUUCUGUCCUCUCUGAUCUAGAGGAUAGUUCGGUUUGUUUCCCUGAGGACCGUUUUCGGUUCCAUGGAUAUGAGGAGUUCGAUGCUGCCUGCGACUUGAGAAGGGAUCUCUAUGAUUAUGUUGGUCACAUCAAGCUUGUGAAUGGGCAAGUUCUCAAUGACAGUCUCGUGCUAGAUGAUGCCGAGAUAGCUUCAUCCCGCCGAGUUUUGCUUCAUGUUCAAACACAUGAUGGUCCGGUGAUGAAGUUGUACCUCUGGGACAAGGCUGCCUCUGAUUUUAGUGGAAAAUUUAAAGCAUCUGGAGGAGCUGCAAGUGUUAUUUUGGUCACCACCUUAAACCCGAAACGUUUUGGAGGUGUCCUAACUCUCUCCUCUAUGACGUCAUCACGGGUAUUUCUGGACAGUGAUGUUCAAGCAACCCGAGAUUAUCUCACUUGGUUGAACUCAAACAUGGAUGUUGCUGAUAUAGUUUCUGCGGAAGUUGUCACUAAGACUGAGACAGUGACCAUAGGCGAGCUCUUCUCCUAUAUGAAGCAGGAAGCUGCCAAGGUUGCUUGGUUUGAGUGCAUAGCAACAGUUGGUGAUGUUGUGCACGGAUCAAGAUGGUAUUACAUAGGUUGUGGUGUGUGCCACACUAAAGCAACCAAAGGACCUACCACCCUAAUGUGUAAAAAAUGUGGGAAGAGUGAUAUUGUUGGUGUUGCACAGUACCUAGCCAAGAUAUCUGUGUAUGACAAUGAUGAUCAGGCGUGUUUUGUGCUCCUUGGUGAUGCUGGUCAGGAGUUGACUGGCAAGAAAGCUUCUGAGUUGGUUGAUAGUUAUUUCGAGGCCAAUGAGAAUAUGGGAGAUGAUCACUUGGUUCCGGUGCCUCAAGCUCUGAUCAAUACCAUAGGACAGACUCGCAAGUUCAUUGUGAAGGUAUCAACUCACAAUUUGACUGGCAAGACCCAAAGUUUGACUGUGACAAAGGUGCUCAUUCCAGAAGAUCCAGAAAUUGAAGGCAAUGUAGAAAAUGUGACUAUACCAGAUGCCCAGAAAACUUUGCAGAAUGGAAUUGCUGAGGAUGGUCCUUCCACACGCUUUGAAGAAUCUGGUGGUGAGAGGGUGAAAAGGACUGCUGAUAAUGUUGAGGCAGAAGAUUCAAAGCGAGCCAAAUGUGGCUAG